AUGGCUCAAAUGUUUGAAAAUUCUAACCUUGAAUUUGAUGGGCUGUUAAGAAAAGUUAUCUCUGCUGAUCCCUGUAUGCAAAGAAAUUCUGGAUCCAAGACACCCGUUGCUGUUGUUAAGGCGCAACCAAAAGACAAGAAUGUCGAGAAAGCAACUAAAUAUGUGUCGAACUUUCACGAGGCCUUUCAAGAUCAACCGGAUGUUCGGAUACAGUUUGUUGAUUCGAUUAGUAAAGGGAGACAUGGCAGCAUCAGUGUACCGGAGAUGAUGCUAUCAGUCACCGGUCUUCUAUUGGGUCAAAGAGAGCUGUUGUGUAGUCUCACUGGAUUUCUUCCUCCCGGUCAUACGAUCGGCAUCAUGAGCAAUGACCCUACACAGGUCAUCGUACGCAUACCAGGUCAAAGGUCAGCUUUAAACAGAGACGAGUUGACGCAGUUUGUGGACUCGAUCAGGAGUAACUCAGCAUCUGCUGUUCCAGACGAUCAGAGGGCGCCCCCAGACAUUACGUCAGGGUUGAGUGAACUUAUAGCCCAGUUUGACAAACUCUCAACGACACAGUCAUAGGUGUUUGCUUCUAGGGGCAAUGCAGUCUUUUCAAUUUGAUAGUUGUAGUAGUGAGCAUUGUGUAAAUAAUGUUACAACGUUCGAAAGAUAAUGUGCUUGUAAUUGAAAACAUUUUGAUAUCAGUAAAUGCUAUCUGAUGUCAAGUGAGAGUCAGUAAAGCAGAUCCAGUGCUGGUUGUAUUCUCAAAUAUGGUGUUCAUGUGCUUUUAAUAUUUACUUUGAUUAAUAGUGAAUGUCCAAGAGUGAUGUCAUAUGCCUCUCGCGUGAUUCCAUAAAUGCGUUAACUUAAGUUUAACACAAAUUGUCUCAUCUGAGAUAGUGUGAUAACCUGAUUAGUUGCACCAAGAUAGAUGACAUUUUGUUGUCUCUCUUGUCUCUAAUUUUGUUCAUGAUGUAUGAACAUUAAAAGGUAGAUUGUGCACUUAUUUUAUCCAAUAUCCGGAAAAUACUCAUUGCAUACGUAGACCAAGAUGAACUUUAGCAAUAUAUAAUGAUCAUAAUUAACUUCACAAUUGUAUGUGAUAGGUUGUGACGAUAUUGAACCACUCCGAACUUUUUAUGACCUUCGCCAAGUUAAUUCGGGCCCGAUCUUGGCACCUUCAUACUUUCUAUAAAAGUAUGACGUAAAUGAGGAACUAGGCCUUAGUCAUUAUUGAAAGUACUUAGAAUACCAUGUCAUUUUCCGUAGUAAGUUUCUUUUUACUUCUUGUAUAUUGUUUUUCAUGUCCUUAAUGAUAAAGUCAUUUUCGUACGAUUUGGGGAAUAUCGCAGAUGGCGAUAACCAGGCGUGGUGAUAGCGACAGUUUACGACGUAUGUGAUUACGUUAUUUUCGAACUUUAAGCGAUAUCUUUUUUAAACCCGAGGGGUUUGUCGUAAAGAGGCUGUUAAGAGGUCGUACGGAAACCGAUCAAUAUUUCCAUUCGGCCCCACGGCCUCCCUGCAUAAAUCGUACAGCAACGUACAGAGAUCGUAUUAAGUAUAAGUGGCCGUAAAGAAAUCGUACAACGAGUUAUAGCGAUACCCAUACGAUUUGUGUAACCAGCAUGCCCAAUUUUCUGUUUACUCACUACUCCCUUAUUCUAUUAUUGCGUAUUUGAUAGGCCUUUGUGAUUAAUAUAGUACAAACUCCUGGAGUUUUCACUGUAAAACAAUUACUAUAACAUUUCCAUUCAUCCCUUUCCGUUGGCUGAUAUUUAUUUCACUAUUUGCUUAUGGUAGCUGGCCCUUGUAUUUAUAUUAGCUUUACAAUACAUAUCAAUCAUUAUUGUUUUAAAUUUGUUUUCUGAAUCAUCAGUAAAAGCAGACAGUCCUGCACAAAUGUCUAACCAAAGUCUGCGAUCAAUGUACGAUAUGGUACGAUUAACGCGUAGAAGCUGAGGAGACCGCAAGGCAAUUGCGAAAGGCCCAUACGAUGUCCAAAGGUCCCCGUACGACCAACCCCUUACGGUUCGGAAAAGAAACAGCACGAUGCAUUUCGAUAUUAUAAAUACAUGCGUCGCAAACUGUAGCAAUUAAUGAGAAUUCGUAGAUAAAGUUAUCAUAAUUAUAGCGUCCUUGAGUAAGUGUAGCUGUGGAUUGCGGUCUUAGUAUUCAAUGGGGAAAGAUCAUGAAAACGUAGGGUAAAUACCCCCUACGAAUCAUUUUCUAUCAAGAUGUUAAUCGACCUUUCAUAAAGGGUGAGUUAAUCUUCAAACAUCUGCAAAAGAGGUGCUAUGUAUUUAAUUACUUAAUUUGUCCAUCAAAUUGAAGAAAAAAAUAAUAAUUCAACCAACAGAUGUGUAAUUAUGAAAUAAUAUUAAUUAUUCCCGUCCCUCCCCGACUGACCAAUCAAUUACUGUAGAAAUGCCAAUAAUACUCAAAUCCCUUGUUUCAUUUCUCGUUCUGUUCUUUUAAACAUAUUAUUCACACUGUACAACAUACUUUUCGAAGUAACUUCAUUCAAAGUGUAUAAAUACCAAUGUCUCUAUUAAUAUCCAGGCUGAUGAGGCGUGAGCACAUUGAAGCAUGUUCCCUUUAUCAAAAUGUUCAAUAUUUUAUUUAUUAUUGUUUGUCUUCAUUAAAAAAAAGAAAAUUAAAGGCA